CAUUAGAACGAUCAGCUAAAAAUAUUUCUGCAAGUAUAUACAACAUGGACUCCAGUUCGAAAAAGGAACAUUUUGAGGAGCUAGUAGAGAACAUUGGCAUAGAGGAGGUGGAAAGGAUUCUCGAGAUAUCAAGGACAAUCGAAAAGACCCUGCAAGACUCGGAGGCCUCCAAGUUGCUCCGGUGUUUUAUGGAAUGCACGAAGAAAUCUUUGCAACCCCUAGACAUUCAUGAGAAGUGCGCCCAGUUUCUUGCAGAAAAACACCCCUUAUACGACUCCUCCGAUUUGGACAUUCUGGCCCGUUUGGGACUGGCUCCCCAUCAUAAGCACCGUCUGGCCUAUCGGUUGGAGGAUGGUGAUUCAAUUUCAAUCAGCCUCUGUCUUAAAAACAUCAUGGCAAGUUGUCGAGAAGAAAUAGAGGAACUCUUCACCGACUUUAAAGACUCAAUUGCAAAAAAAUUAACAAAUCUAAAAUUGAAACCACAGGAAUAAUAUCUGAAUAAUAUUUAAAUUUAUUUUAAAAACUUUGUUAAUAUUAAAUACUUGCUCAAAUACUAUUAAAAUCCCCUUUUCCAUAUCUUUUUGCAAGUUGUUUACCGCCUG